CGACAGACUUGAAAACUUUUAAAGAAGCCAACCAAAUUUUUCGUGCAAUGGCCAAACUAAAGUCUCGCGCACAGCAGUUUGCUGACUUGGCUGAUCCAACUCCACAAGGUAGGUUUGCCUAUUGUUGUAUUACAGAGGCAAUUCAAUUAAUUCUCUUUAGAUUUUGAUCCUGAGGAAGAUCAUCCACCACAAGACAGCGAGGACAGCGACUCUGGUGCAAGCGAGGAGGAUCUAGCUGGCACAGAACACUAUGCAGCCGUCAGGUAGGUUGUCGAAAUAUUAAAUGCAUCUUCACCUCUAAAUCGAAUGUUGUAGCAAAAGCAAGUUGCGCAAACCCGAAGAAAUCUCACUUGGUCCUCAAUACGCUGGUUCACGAAUAAGUAGGGAGGCAUUACUCGAUGGGAAUAGCGGUGAUGAAGCUGCUGGGGAUUCAGGGUCUGAAGGGGACGAUUCAAGUACAAAAUAUGCGAACCCAGACGACUCCGACCUCGAUAUUGACGAUGAAGAUGGAGAUAUAGACAGCGACGAAGCUUUUGGGGAGAGUGAUGCAGAAAAAUUCGACAAAUUCGUGUUUCGAGGAAGCGGCAAACCCAAGGUUCCGAAUAGUAAAGGCGGAAGGGCCACAGCGUCGGAUUUCAUGUCAGAGGAUAGCGAGAGCGAAAAGGACGAUGACGACCAGGAUGGCGCGUCAGAAACUGACGAAGAUGUACUGGAUACCGCUGAACAACAUGCGGAUGAUUCUGAAAACGAAGUCUUCUCGACUGCUCGUCAAUUUGCAGGGAACGGAACGGACGAGACUAACGAGUCCGAUUCUGGUGACGACGAAGUCAUUGGCGAGGACGAAAUUUUGAGCGACGAUUCUCAAAGCAAUGGAGAUCAGGACGGAGAUGACCAAGAAGAUGCAGAGGAGGAGGAAGAUGAAGAUGAAAACGAAGAAGAAUCAGACGAUGGGGAGGCCAGCCGCGCGGAACUACGGAAAAUCAUGAAUGAGGAGCAGAAGGAGGUAGUUGCCACAAUAUCCCAAGCCGCAAAAGCAGAUGCGGAUAAGGGAAAUGCUGUCAAACUUCAAAGAAAGUCAUUCGACUCCCUCUUGAGCGUUCGAAUGGUUCUACAAAAGGCUCUUGUCGCCACCAAUUCUAUGGCAACUAUAGAUGAAAAAGACCCGGAAGGAAAUGAACCGUACGAAGCGGCUGAGCAAGCAGCCGUUAAACUCUGGAACACAUUAGAUGGACUUCGCCAUGAACUUUCGAAAUCAAGAACCGAUUUUAAAGCAGGCCAGAAGCGAAAGCUGGUAGACGUCUCAGCACCAUCAUCCAAAUUCUGGGAAAAGAUGCAAAGUUCCGAAGUAUCAAUGAUUGAUGUUCGACAAACUACUUUGGAGAAAUGGUCUUCCAAAGUCCGGGGCACAACUGCAGUACCUUUGACGAAGAAACUUAAUCCCACCGUCACACAAUCCAUCACUUCUGUUUUACAGGAUCAGCUUGCAAGCUCAGAACACUUGAUCAAGAAGACAAAGAUUCCUCGAUCAUGCGCUCCAAUUCAAAGGGAUGCCAAAUUAGCUGAGGAUCCGGAUAUCUACGAUGACGGAAAUUUCUAUCAAAUGCUCCUGAAGGAACUGGUUGAUCAAAGAAGAGUGGAAUCACUCAAUGCUCCAGCUCCUGGCGUGGAUACCGCUUUACAAUGGACAGCUGUGAAGGAAGCGAAGACGAAGAAGGUCGUUGAUACGAGAGCUAGUAAGGGUCGCAAGUUGAGGUACACAGUUCAUGAGAAGUUGCAGAAUUUCAUGGCGCCUGAGGAUAGAACGGGUUGGGAGCCGGAAGCUAUCGAUCGCUUCUUUGGAACUUUACUUGGGCAAAAGAUGACUUUAGGUGAGGAUGUGGAGAUGGAAGAUGAUGAGGAUGAUGGGGUAUCGGUUGAGGAGGAGGGGUUAAAAUUGUUUAGAUCUGCUGUUUAG